AUGGUUCCGUGGCUCCUCCUCCUCCUACCAUUACCACUGCCUGGCCUUGCAACUACGGAUAAAGUUUAUGGGGUUCAUCCUAAUUUAAUUUCGAAAUACGUGCCCUCGAAAUCGGGGUCGUGGAAAUGUCUAGAUGGAUCGAAGGAGAUACCUUGGAAAUUCGUCAAUGACGAUUCGUGUGACUGUCCAGACGGAAGUGAUGAGCCAGGAACCAGCGCCUGUUCUAAUAGCACAUUCUAUUGUUGGAACGAGGGUCAUGUUGGCGCUAUCAUUCCAAGUUCACGAGUGAGGGACGGAUUGUGCGAGCCUCAGUGCUGCGACGGAUCAGAUGAACUGCCAGGAGUCUGCCCGAACGUAUGCAAGGAACUUGGGGAGUCGUAUAGAAAGAAAUUUGCAGAGGAGCGCAGGUUACAAAAAACGGUCAGUUCUGGCUCCAAAAUACGUUCCACCUAUAUUGCUUUCGCACAUAAAGAGAAGAAACGCCUAGAGGGCCUUGUCGAAACUUUGUCGCAAGAAAUCAACGUUAAAGAGCAGGAAGUCGAACGGUUGCGAGAUAUCGCUGAGCGCACCGAGUCUAUUUCUCAAGCCGCGUUGGAACACAAACAGAAAUCUCCCCUCUACCAAUCUCUAAUCACCCAUCACAACGCUCUCAAAUCACUACAGCGGGAACAUAAACAGCAUUUGGAACGCGAGAAGGCCCUUGGUAACAUCCUUGACGCACUGCGAGCAGGUUACAAUCCAAAUUAUCAAGAUAUGGCUGUCCUAGAAGCCGUUCGUGGAUGGGAAGAGCUCGCUGGCCUUCCUCACAUUGGGGCAAGUGAAGAAGUCAAGGAAGGCGAAACCAAGGAAGAAGGGGAAGCCGUAGAAGCCACUGAAGAUCUUGAGCCGGGAACGUGGACUGCCGAUCAACUCAACGAUGAGCUGGACGCGUUGUUGGAGGCGGAUCACGUAUCACUCCUCUUGGAGCAUGAGGAGCAUAUUCAAUCGCCUACUGAGGGUUCCCUCCUGUAUGAUUUGACUUCGUACUUGCCGGAUUUCGUCCUUCCUCAUUACGAGUCCUUCAAGGACACGUUGAUCAGUUGGCUACAUACCCUGGGUAUCAUCCAUGGAGAUUUAGACAGUACAGCUGCCGAUUCUUCUCGUGCCCACCAAGCCCUGACCGACGCUGAAGCUGAAUUGGAGCGUGUCAAGAAUGAAAGGACGACCGCUGAAGGCGACAUUGCCGAGAUCUUUAAUAUCCACGGCUUUGGCGCUGCUGGCGAGUGGAAGAAGCUUGAUGGAACAUGUUUGGAGACGGAAGUUGGAGACUAUACUUAUGAGGUCUGCUUGUUUAAUGAGGCAAAACAAAAACCCAACCACGGUGGACAAACAUUCAGUCUAGGGAAAUAUGAUUCUUGGAAUCCUUCACCUGACGUUAAACCAGGCGAACCCGAAUAUUAUCAGAAACAGGUGUACAAGCACGGUACUCGAUGCUGGAAUGGCCCCGAACGUAGUGUCGUGCUGCUCCUGACAUGUGGGAUUGAGAACGCCAUCCUGACGGUACAGGAACUUGAGAAGUGCGAAUAUCAAUUCACUGGAACGACACCAGCUCUGUGUUUGCCGCUCGAUGAGGGCAAGAAGAACUCUAGGGAGGAGCUAUGAUCACGUUGAAUCGCCGCCACAGGCUUGUGUUUUUAAGCUACCUAAUUUAUAUCUUUGGAGAG